CGCCCACUCCGCAGCACGCGACACAACAAGGAAGUUCGAUUGCGGCCGUUUCAUCCACACCAAAGUGAAGCGCAUCUGUAAAAGACUACAUGGAACAUUAGACUGUCUAAUUGAGAAGGAAAUGAAGUGACGCCCUGCUGCUUUGCCCGUCUGCUGGGAUACGACUUGAAAAAAAACAAGCAAUGACCGGAAGUAGGUAGGAAGAAGCGGUUCGUCGUAUCUUUGUUCAACGUUUUGUCGGGUCAAGAUGUUUACGUCAAUCGUCCUCUGCACGUUCGCCUCGCUGCUCCCACUCGGUCACGCAUCGCUCCCGCUCGUCAUCAACACGUGGCCUUUCAAGAACGCGACGGCUGCAGCACUGCAGCUUAAGCGUACAGCGUGGCGCGUCCUGCAGUCCGGUGGCUCGGUGUUGGAUGCGGUGGAGAGGGGUUGCGCCCGCUGUGAAGUGGAGCAGUGUGACGGUAGUGUGGGCUAUGGCGGCAGCCCAGAUGAGUCCGGAGAGACCACGCUGGACGCCCUGAUCAUGAAUGGGGAUACAAUGGAGGUGGGUGCAGUGGCAGGCCUGAGAAGAAUCAAGAAUGCCAUUGGAGUAGCAAGGGCCGUGAUGGAGCGCACUGAUCACACACUGCUGGUGGGACAGUCAGCUUCCGUGUUUGCUGAAAACAUGGGCUUCGUGGCGGAAGACCUGACUACCAACAAAUCUUUGAAUAUUUUCUCACAGUGGCUGCAGAGCAACUGCCAACCUAAUUAUCGAAAGAAUGUGUUUCCGGAUCCUUCCGCGUCCUGUGGACCCUACGAGCCCAGGGCGACGCUGAAAAGGACGAAGAGGGCACAGCAUGCUAGUAGGCUCUCCCAUGACACCAUAGGGAUGCUUGCCGUUGAUCGAGACGGUCACAUGGCGGCUGGCACGUCAACCAAUGGAAUGACUCACAAAGUUCCAGGUCGUGUUGGGGACUCUCCAAUAGUUGGAGCAGGGGCCUACGCAGACAGCUCAGCUGGCGGUGCUGCCGCUACUGGAGACGGCGAUAUCAUGAUGCGCUUCCUACCAAGGGCUGGGCGAGUGUGGCAGUCUCAGAAGAUUUAUUUUUAUUUCAGCUUUAUUUAUCCAGGAUAGUUUGGCUAGCACACAUGCUGUUCUUUCAAGUUUCACUCGGCUUUACAUUCACACCCACACCUGAGGGAAUUCUGCUCCAGUCAUAUUUUUCAGGGUCACAUCCCUUGAACAAUUGGGGAGUUGUGGGUUUUUUUUAAAAGAUAUUGUCUCCAUGUGUGUGUUUACCAUUCAUUCUCCAUGGCCAGAUAUUUCGUAGCAGUCUACAUAUUCUUAAUUGAUGAGGGUCAUUACAAGCUAUGCCCGAGCAGUGUCACGCAGAAUAUAUCAAAAUUAUAAUAUCACCAGCAACAGGCUGAAAAAAAGCACCAAAAAUAAAGCAACCAUUGAAUUACAUUCAAAUGUAAAACGAGCAAUUUUGCUCGAGCUAAUUUGCUAUGGUGUGAAAAAAACAUAACAUGGUACAUCUAUCAGAGGUACUCAGAGGAACAUGGUUUAUUUGUAUUUCAUACUGAAAAAUCCUAUACUUUUGCUUAAGUCCAUUAUUUAAGGCAAAUUUCAGAUGUGCCACUCAUUGUUUUAAACAUUUGACCUCAAGAUGAUGGAGUUAAUUGCGCCUGUGGCGUCUGUGUCGAGCAGGUAAUUUGCAUUGCAGCGGCGGCAAAUUACUUCCAUUUCUCCACAUUUUGCUUAUUUCUUACACUUGUGAACAUCUGAAAAGUGGUGUCCCGAAUUCCCGGCGUCAAUGUGGAGCGAGGGUGGCAAUGUUACUAUUUUUAAAAUCGCAUUAGAUCAGCGCCUCUUGAAAGUAUAAUUGCUCACAUCACAUUUAUCCCACGCCAUAAUCGCAAAGCAAAUUUGCCCAUUAUCACCCUGGUUGGUGGCCUCGACAAGCGCUCCUUUAAGUUCGCCUCAUGUGCAGUGCAUGUCAUCCUGCCAACAGCUACUUGGCCGUGGAGCUGAUGAGGGCCGGGGCAGAUCCCUCGGCAGCCUGCAAGAUGGCCAUUUCCAGAAUCAAGAGGCAUUACUCCGAGUUCUUUGGAGCCAUCAUCUGUGCUAACACAACA